CGCACACAUGGAGGGAUGCCCGCCUUCCAGCGCAUCGUACCCCUGGCAGCGCGCAGCCGCACGUCGCGCACCUGGCAGCCGAAUGUAAACAAACCCGCGUCUGUCUGUUCCUCCGCAGCGCAGACAGAGCCCGUGUUUCUCGCCAGAUUUGCAAUGAAAACCGUCACAGUGAAGUGGAAUGGGAAGGAGUACGACGUGGAGGUGGACGAAGCCAUCAUGACGGUGAGGGACUUCAAAAACGCCAUUGAAAAGCAGACGUGCGUGAGACCUGAGCGCCAGAAGCUGCUGAAUCUCAAACUCAAAGGGAAGGCCCCAGACGACAGCACCAAAAUGUCAGCGAUCAGCCUUCGACCGGGAACCAAAAUAAUGAUGAUGGGUUCCUUAGAAGCGAGUGUUGAGGAAGCACAGCGGAUUCCGGACGAUCUUCCGCCAGUAAUCAACGACCUGGACAUAGAAGAGGAAGAGGUGGCAAUUGAGAACCGCUCUGAGUACCUGCAAAAGGUGGAGAGAAGAGUCAAGGACUAUGAGGUGAAAAUACUCAAUGAAAUGCGACCAGGCAAGAAGCUUCUUGUGCUUGACAUAGAUUACACGCUGUUUGAUCACCGGUCGACGGCAGAGACUGGGGCGGAGCUUAUGAGGCCAUUCUUGCACGAGUUCCUGACUUCUGCUUACAAGAAUUAUGACAUUGUAAUUUGGUCUGCUACGAGUAUGAAGUGGAUCGAGGAGAAGAUGAAGCUCCUGGGAGUGUCUUCACAUCCCGACUACAAGAUUGCAUUUUACUUGGAUUCCCUGGCAAUGAUCACCAUUGAGACACAGAAAUAUGGGGUGAUUGAAGUGAAGCCCCUGGGUGUAGUAUGGGGCAAGUACAAGCACUAUACGCAGCAGAAUACCAUCAUGUUCGACGACCUGCGACGCAAUUUCCUGAUGAACCCCCAGAACGGCCUCAAGAUCCGCCCUUUCCGACAAGCACACCAGAACCGAGCCACAGACCGCGAACUCCUUAGGCUCUCCUUCUACCUGGAGGACAUUGCAUCAUUAGAGGAUAUUUCCACGCUCAACCACAGCAAGUGGGAGCACUACCGCAAAGAUGGGUAUAAUGUGUCAACUGAUUAGGGUAGGAUGCAAAAUAUUUGACAGUAGGGGUAUUAUGUAUCGGCAGAUCCCAGUAUGUGUCUGUCGAUUAAUUUAUGAUGGGCCCACUGAUCAGAAGAAUGAGGAAAUUGCUUGGCACACUUUUAUGUGCAUAUGCAGUGAGGGGGACUUCUAGGGUAUGAGAGCUGGAAAAUGUUCGGGUCAGUUUUAUUUCCAUUUGUUAUUGCUUAUUUUAUUUAUUCAUUUUUUCUUUGUGCAAACUGUCAUUACUUCUGGUUUGAGGGCAUGGAUAAUAUUGCCUUAGAAGUGGGCAUAGCAUUGAAAGCUUAGCAAGAAGGGCCUUUUAAGGUCUGAAGUCUCUGGUUUAAAUUAAGAAAAGGAAAGGAUUUAAGGGAUGACACUGCAUCAUCAAAGUAAGUUUGUCACAAAGCAGUCCUACCAACUGGAAGGGUCACUCAAGGUUUUACAAGGGAUGUUUAUAAGGGUAUUCUAGAUUCCGUGGUAUUUUUUUUUCCUCCUUUCUUUAUGUAAAUAGCUACCAGAACCUUGGAAGGUGGGACCAGCAUGCCCAUAAAGAAGAAGAAGGAAGAUUAAAGAGAAAAACUAAUAAUGUGAUCUGCUCAAGAUGAAAUUAAUGCUUCCACAACAGCAAGACUUGCCAGGAGAGGUUUUAACAUGCAAGACUUUUACUGAUGGAGGCCAUUCAUGUUAAAGGAAGAAGGAAAGAAAGAGAGAGACGAGAGAGGAGCAGGGGAGCGGGGAAAGGAAGGACUAUAGAUGGAAAAAGAUAAGGGAGGAGAGGGAAGAGAGAGAAAUGAGAAGGAUAGAAAAGACUAAUGUUUUUUUUUUUUUUUUUUUUUUUUUCCCCGUAUUCAUUGCACUGAUUCACCGAAAAUGAUGAUGACAUUUCGUCCUUUUCGUGAUUCUGUCGUCAUUCCAUUACCUCCUUUGCUUGUUAUUGAUUUGUUAUUAUUACCUUUUUCAUUGAUGUUUUGUUAUUGAUGAUAUAAUCAUUAUUAUUAUUAUUAUUAUUAUUAUUAUU